AUGAGCGCCGCCGCUGGCUGCAGGCAGAGUCGCUGCCGCCCCGGCCGCCGCUGGCUCCAGUCCGCCGCCAUUAUUCUUUGGGAAGGCCCCGAGCGCGGGUGUCCGGCGCCUCCCCGUCCCCCCUCCGUCCCCCCGGCUCUCUCCGGCUCCUGCCUCCUCCUCCUGCUCCUCUUACCGGUGGUACAAGCUCCUCCGUCACUGCUUUCGUUCGCGGCCCGGAUCUCGCUGGAGUUUUAUUCUCUCCCCCACGUAACACACCGCGUCAAACUACACCUCCGCCGCGUCACUCACCAACACUCCGCUUCUCCCAGCCGCCCGGGCCACAGGCAGCAGCAGCCGCCGCCGACUGAGGAGCCGCAGCCAGGGAGCCAGCCAGCGCCGCCCAGUGCCGAGUGCGCAGCGGCUGCGCACGGAAACAGCCGAGCGCGGCCCGGAGCGGCUCGAGCGGCCCCGCCCCCGCGUUGGAGGCGGAACUUGCCGAAGGCCUUCGGGCUCCUUCGCGCCAGGCGGAGCGGGGCUCAGCGGGGAAGGGGCCGGGCGGCGAGGGCUGAGACCCGUGCGGGGAGGAGCGCUCUCUACCCCGGCGUGGCGUUCGGGGCGCUGAAACCCCGCGGCGGAAAUUUGCAGGAGGAAGCGGGGUUGGUGUGUGACCCGGUGGGGGAAUUCCCAAGGGUUCUAGGUGACUGGCUGGAAACCCCCCGCAGGCCUACCCCGAGGCGCACGAAGCAAAUUCAGCACCCAAAACCCAGGAUGCGAGAAACUGAGACUAGAGAUCCAUGUGGAGCAGAGAUUGCAGCCAUCCUUGGAGCACAGACAGAGCGGGCAUGGAAGAUCCUUGCUAAGUCCUUAAGUGUAAGGAAUUAUUAAAUAAACUAACAAUUUUUCCCAAUGUAAAAAUUGAGCAAAGUACUACAACUGUACAGGACAUAGAGGUGAUGUAAGUUUUCUCUACUGUUUUGAGUUACUUUAAAAGAGGGGUGGUGGUGGUGGUGGUGGGGAAUAAUGGUACCUAUGUCACCGUAUUGUUGUGAGGAUGAUCUGAAAAAAUCCAUGUAUAUUACUUAGCACUGUCUCUGGGCGACAUUGUAAGUUAUUAGUGUUGCAUAUUAUUAUUCUAUUUCAUUGCAUCUAAUUAAAUUGUCAUUUUUUGGUAUCACUUAGAAUUAAUUUCCAAUUAAACUGUGUCAUGAAGAUUUCUCAUAACCAAAAUUAUUUUACAUGUAUGAACAUUUUUUAGGUCUAGACAGAUUUUAGAAAUUAUUUUUCAUUCUCAGAACAUAUAUAAAAAAGGCAAAUGUAAACAAGUCAUUUAAGGUAUUCCUAUCUUUUUUUUUUUCACAGAAUCUAAUUCUAAUUACUUUUUUUUUUAGAUUUUUAAAAUUUAUUUAUUUGAGAGGUAGAGUUACAGAGAGAGAGAAGUAGAAGCAGAGAGAGAGAGGUCUUUCAUCCACUGGUUCAUGCCCCAAAUGACUGUAACAGCCGGAGCUGAGCUGAUCCGAAGCCAGCAGCCAGGAGCUUCUUCUGGGUCUCCGAUGCUGGUGCAGGGCCCAAGGACUUGGGCCAUCUUCCACUGCUUUUCCCAGGUCAUUAGCAGGGAGCUGAAUCAGAAGCAGCACCCAUGUGGGAUGCCAGCACUGUAGGUGGAAAUUUAGCCCACUAUGCCGCAGCACUGGCCCCAUGGAAUUACUUUUUGAUUGAGAGACAUUGAUUUCUGCAUUUUUCUCACAGUGUGUUGUCUGUGAUACCAGGAGUGUUGGAAAUUAGGAAUGCAGCAUUUUAAAAAUGUGCCCACUGUUGAAUCCCAAAUUUUCUUCCAAAUCUCUAACAUCCAUUCCCCUUGUGCUUGCCCCAUUGCACCAGGAAAUGUCAAUGAAAGAUUUUCAGGCAACAACUAGAUUCACAGUCUUUCCUGAAUUCUUGUCCUUUGGAUGCUAACCUGUCUCUUGCAUGAUCUCUCCCACUUACUUCAUGAUAACUCCGUGGUAGACAUUGCUCAGGACAAAAUCCCUGGAGUUGUCCUGGACUCCUCUCUGUCCCUUGCAUACUACAUCCAGUCCACUAAGUUUCUAAAUCUAGAUUCUGCAUUCCUCUACUGCUACUUUAAUUCUGGCCCAAGGGAUCUCUCACCUAUAAUUUCCCCUUAGCAGGUUUUUCUGCUUCUGUCUUGGCCCCAGCACAAUUCUAUUCUCACUAGUGGCCAGAGCAAAGCUUACAAAGACUAGGCCCGAUCAUGUCUCUCUUUCAGUCAACACCCAGCUCUCCAUUUAGCUCAGAGUAAAAGCCGAGCUUGUUGUAAUGGUCCACAUGUCCCACAGAUUCAGUGUUGCCAGCUUCACCUCUCUCCUCUCUCAUUCACUUCUGCUACACUUUGCUCCUGACUCAAACCUGCUUGCCGUUUAUCAGUCUGGCAAGGCAUGAUACUGCUGGAGGGUCUUUUCUCUUGUUCUUCCCUUUGCCCAGAGUGCUUCUCCUCCAGGUUCUAUGGAGCCAAAGUUCCUCCCUCCUCCAAGACUUAGUUCAAACCUCAUGUUCUUACUACAGGGCCCCCAGCCCCCCUAUUUAGUACUACAACCUGAACCUCCUCUGUGUCCUGGGCACCCUGUCCCCUUAUCUCGCUCCACAUUUUCUUUUCCCAUAGCACUUAGCAGUAUAUGCGCCAACAUUUUCUUGAGUGUUAUAGGUUAUUGUUAUCUGUCCCCUCAGGAAGGUAGACAACUUUAAGAAUAGUGCCUUAUAAGGCCGGCGCCGUGGCUCACUAGGCUAAUCCUCCGCCUUGCGGUGCCGGCACACCGGGUUCUAGUCCCGGUUGGGGCGCCGGAUUCUGUCCCGGUUGCCCCUCUUCCAGGCCAGCUCUCUGCUGUGGCCAGGGAGUGCAGUGGAGGAUGCCCCAGGUGCUUGGGCCCUGCACCCCAUGGGAGACCAGGAAAAGCACCUGGCUCCUGGUUCCUGCCAUCGGAUCAGCGCGGUGCGCCGGCCAUUGGAGGGUGAACCAACGGCAAAGGAAGACCUUUCUCUCUGUCUCUCUCUCUCACUGUCCAC